UUUCAGUCCGAAAACUGGAGCAUAAGUAAUAGAAAUACUGAGCGUGUAACUAAAACGAGUGAUCUAUAUUUAUGAAAUACGCACAUUUAUAGUACACAAUAGUGCAUCAGGAAAUCGUUGUGUCCCAAAAUAGGUAAACGCGUAUAUUAAGGAAAAAAAGAAGACAAACCGUGAAUAAAUUCGUAGUCCAGAGUGCGACGUGACAAUUCACGGAAGGUUGUAAUCUUUAUUGUCACCGUUCUUGAAAGAUCUUGAGAUUCCUUCAUCUUCAAUCAUGGCACAGGAAGUCGAGGAAACUAUGAAACGAAUUCAGUCUCACAAGGGAGUGGUUGGGACAAUAGUCGUGAAUGCGGAAGGUAUCCCGAUCAAAUCAACAUUAGAUAAUACGACGACGGUUCAGUAUGCAGGCUUGAUCAGCCAAUUGUCCGACAAAGCUCGUUCUGUUGUACGCGAUCUGGAUCCAACGAAUGAUCUAACUUUCUUGCGUAUACGUAGCAAAAAACAUGAAAUUAUGGUUGCACCCGACAAGGAAUUUAUAUUAAUAGUAAUACAAAAUCCAGUCGAUUGAUAUUUAAAAGGAACAAAAGUAUAUUGCAAAAUUAAGCUUUGUUUCCUUGAUUGUUAAUUUAUUCCAUAUAUGCUGCAUUUGAUUCCGAUAAAAAUUGUUUAACCAUCGGCUCUAAUAGAAAAAUAAAACUAAGUAACUUAAAUGUUAUUUAUUGUAACAGCACUUGUAGCUACUUCAUAUUGCUAAAUUUUUUUGAAAUUUUCGAUUAAAUAUGUAAGUUAUAAAUUUGUGAAUUGUGAAAUAAUACAUCUCCUUAUUUGUUUUUAUUUUAUUAAAUUAAUAUCUUGUAAUAUUUUCACCAGAUCGAUUUGAAAAUGGAGUGUGAAUAAAUAUAAUUACUCUUAAAGUAUUUUAA